AUGACAAUUGAUUUCGAUAAAGUUUUAAAGGAGCAAAAAUUUCCUCAAUGGAACCAAACCCCGCAAGAGGUCUUACAGCUUGCCAAUGAACUUGCAGCAAAAGAAAGAAACUUGUUCGACACUAUAGCAUCAGUUGAAGAUCCUACUGUUGAAAAUGUGUUGAAUCCUUUCACAACUUUCUUUAAUGAAGCUGAUUUUCCAAGGAAUCAAAUUCUGUUUUACCAACACGUAUCUACAGACAAGGCUCUUCGCGAUGCUUCAACCCAAGCUGAACAAAUACUUGACCAGAGUUCAAUCGAACAAUGGUCCAGGGCCGAUGUUUAUUCCGUACUCAAAUCUUUGAAGGAAAAAAACCCUGACUUGGAUCCCGAAAGUGAACGUUAUUUGAACAAGACUGUGUUGGAGUUUGAGCGUAAUGGAUUAGCCCUUCCAGAAGAGAAAAGGGAAAGAGUCAAAAAGUUACAGGUUGAAUUGAGCGACUUAAAAGUGAAAUUUAACAAAAAUUUAGGAGAGGACACUGGUUGCGUUUUGUUUUCCAAAACUGAGUUGGAGGGUGUCCCCGAAGUAAUUGUGAAGCAAUACGAGGAAGUUGAGAAGGAUGGAGAAACCAAACUCAAGGUGACAUUCAAAUACCCUGAUAUUAUUCCCUUGUUCCAGCAUGCGUCAAAUGGCGAAACCAGAAAAACUGCCAACAUUGCGUUUGGAAACAGAUGUCCAGAGAAUGAGGCGCUUUUGACCGAGAUUAUAAAGCUAAGAUUUCAAAUUGCAAAGGAGUUGGGAUACGACACUUUUGCUGAUUUUGCUUUGGAAGUAAAAAUGGCAAAGACAAAAGAUACUGUUUUAACUUUUUUGAACGAUUUGAGAGCUAAAUUGACACCCGUUGCCGAGUCUGAAUUACAAGUAUUGAAGGAAUUGAAGCUUAAAGAUUUAAAGUCUCGUAACUUGCACUCUGAAGGAGAUUUUUACUCGUGGGACUUUGGAUACUACAAUGAAAGAUUAUUGGAAGAAAAGUAUCAAGUUGAUAGUUUGAAAAUCUCCGAAUAUUUCCCGUUGCAGAGCACUAUUAAGAAAAUGUUGGGGUUCUAUGAGACUAUCAUGGAUGUGAAAUUUGUCAAACUUGAUCCUAAACCCACUGAAGUCUGGCACGAGGACGUUGAGAUGUAUGCUGUGUUUAAGAAUAUCAAAUUUGGAACUUUGGAAUACGUGGGAGUAAUAUAUUUUGAUUUGCACCCGAGAGAAGGAAAAUAUGGCCAUGCGGCUAAUUUUGGUAUAGGCCCAGGGUAUUUAAAUUUUGAUGGUACUCGCAAAAAUCCUGAAACUAUUUUGGUUUGCAAUUUUACAAAGCCAACAAAGGCAAGGCCAUCAUUAUUGAAGCACAGUGAAGUUGUUACGUUUUUUCACGAAUUGGGCCAUGGUAUUCACAAUAUGUUGUCUCAAACCAAGUACGCCAAAUUCCAUGGUACAAACGUGGAACGCGAUUUUGUUGAAGCUCCGUCUCAAAUGUUGGAAUAUUGGGUUUGGUCGAAGAACGAGCUUAAGCUGUUGUCAUCUCAUUACGAAACUGGCGAGCCAAUAAGCGAUGACUUGAUUGAUCAGUUAAUCAAAACUAAACAUGUCAACACUGGGUUAUCAAACUUACGUCAAUUGUUCUUUGGAUUGUUUGAUAUGUCAGUUCAUACAAUUGAUAGUCAAGACAAGAUUGAGAAAUUAGAUCUUUUUUCCACGUGGAAUACUUUGAGAAGAGAAGUCACCUUACUCCCCGAUGGAAAUAAUCCAACUAAAGGGUAUUGUGCAUUCGGCCAUAUCGCUGGAGGAUACGAGAGUGGCUAUUAUGGCUAUUUAUAUUCGCUCGUAUUUGCUGCUGAUAUUUACUACAGCCUUUUUAAGAGCGAUCCAAUGAAUACAGAAAACGGUAUUAGAUACAGAGAUAUCAUUUUAAAGAGGGGAGGCACCAGGGAAAUAAUGGACAACUUGGUGGAAGUCUUAGGAAGGAAGCCUACUUCUGAAGCAUUCUUGGCUGAAAUAUUUGGCGAAAAGUCCCAUUUAUAG